AUGGCCGCGGUCGGUGAUGGACAAAGCUCCAGGGGCUCCUCGCCCAUGUCUUCUCCGCCACAAGGGCUUUCCGAUACUAUCAGUGUCGCGCCCGCGCAGCCUCAAUUCUUGCGUCCUGGAGAUGUUGCAUUUCCCCAACUUUCUCGUCCACAACCACAAUCCGCUGCGUCAGCUUCUACAAAUACCACAAAUGGCAACGCCAAGGCUGCAUCACAUGACCCUAACAAGAAGGUCAAGCAAACACGCAAGAGGAGAGAUCCUGAGGUAGUGUCGGCUGAGAAAGCCGAAAAGGCAAAGAAGGCCGCCGAGAGGGCACAGAAGGCGACAGAAAAGGCAGCGGCUGCAGAAGAGGCCGCCAAAGAGAAGAAGACUCGCAAGCCUCGUGUGUCCAAGGAUCUCAAUGCUCCGACGGCUGGUUCGCGCAAGAAACAAAAGACCGAUGUAUCAGCAAGCUCCACGCCCACUGCUAGUCGUCAACCAACUCUCAGCGACAUGGUUGGUAAAUUUCAAACUCCUCUUCCUCCUACGCCGACUGCACAGCAAAUUCAGCCCGCGCAAAUCAUGAAGAGUGAGGAAAAGAAGCCAAUCGUCGCAUCGUCCCCAGCUCCAGCUCUGACAAGGCCCGCCUCAAGUGGUCAAAGAUAUGACCCUAUUCGUGCUUCUAUGACUGCGGACCCUUACUCAACUCCUGCUCACACUUCGACUGCUUCACUUCAAGUCUCACCCCGUGCGCACAGAGCAAGCGCAUCACCUGCAAUUGCAAGUCUAAUGAAUCCCCCUGCGCCCAAUAAUAACACACUCAUGUCUCCUCCUACAAUCCCAUCGGCGCCGGCGCAGAUGAAGUCACCAAGUGUCUCUGCGGCCAUGCCUCCUCCACCUCCAAUCAUCAGCCGGCAACCAGAAGUUCAAAUGACGCCAAACACUCUACCAAACAAGUCACCCGCACCAGUAACACACCCAGCUCCUGUAGUGAUGGAGGACGCCAUGGAGAUUGACGUUGUCGAUGAGAAAAAGCCCGCACACAUGGCUAUCAAAUCAGCAGACAAGGAAAAAGAGAAGGAGAAUCAAAAGCCUAUUGCUAAACCCACUGCCGCACCCGCACCAAAGGCCAAGCGUGCUUCACCACCUGCUCCCACGGGAAGCGGUCUGCUUUCCGGCAGCGACCUGUUCGGAGGACCAUCGGCUGUCACUGAAGAUCACAAACGCCACGGUGUGAACAUUGACAUUGAUAUUCCUCUUAAUCCAGCAGGAAACAACACAGUCAACAUUGCUUCGGAGAUUCUGAAGAAGUACGGCAAGAAUGCCAUCAACCCUCGCGCUGCAGCACACCGCGAACGCCUCUUACAAGUCGCCGCUGCGGCUAACCGUCUGGAGCCUGGAACUGGUGACGAUAUUUCCGUUGACCUCAACUCCGAGGCUGAGAAUGACAGCAACGUCGAGAUGGGCGGCAUGGAGGAAGAAAAGAAAGGGGAAGACGAGCCCAAGAAACGCCAACGCCGUAGAAAGGUGGAGGAUUAUGACAAGGAAGACGACUUCAUCGACGACACAGAAUUGGCAUGGGAAGAAGGCGCAGCAGUCGCUAAGGACGGCUUCUUUGUCUAUUCUGGUCCCCUCGUCCCUGAUGGAGAGAGGGCUCAAAUCGAGACCUCUGCGCCAUCCGGCCGCGGUAGAGGCCGCGGUCGUGGACGCGGCCGUGGAGGUGCUACAGGCGUAACUCACGCGCAACUCGCUGCGAAAAACGCCGACCCCGCAGCCACAGUGACUGCCUCAGGAACGGGUAGAGGUCGAGGUCGAGGUCGCGGCACCAGUGCUCCCCGCAAGCCGCGAAUCACCAAGGCCGACAAGGAGAAGAUGGAGAGCGAGAAAAUGCAACGCGAGCGCCAGGCGGCUACACUUCCUCAGACGACUCCUGCUGCGCCUGUCUUUUUGACUCCUGCUAGUAUGCAGCAGGUCUAA